GUGGAAAGAAAAUUAAAUAAUUGUUUAAAUUGGAUGGUUAUUGGUCUUGGUAAUCAUAGUAAUAAUAAUGAGGAUGUUGAUGCUGUUGUGAAAAAUAAUAAUUGGGCUAGAUUUGUUGCAAAAACUGGUUUAAUUAAAAAUGGAAAUACUGAAAUAGGAAAGUGUGAAGAAUUUAAACUUCCAACAUUUUCUUGGAAUGAUAAUGAUGUUUUUGGGUGUGGAUUAAUUUAUCCUCCAACUAAUAAAAUAACCGAAGAAUUUCCGUAUGUUUUCUUUACCCAAAAUGGUAAACAAAUUGGGAAAGCUUUAUUGUUAAAUAAUUCUGAUUAUAACGAGCCAUAUGUUGUAUUAAGAUGUUGUUCUGUAGAAACAAACUUUGGAAAUAAUUUGGAGACAAAUCCUUUUAUUUAUGAUAUUUCGAAACAUUUUGUUUCAAAAGAAUUUUAUUGA